AUGCCAGCUUCGCAGAAGAAGUCACACCAGUUGGCUUGUACUGUUGUAGAAAAGACGGUUAUUACAGAUAAUGUCAAGCAGCGAUUCGUCAUUGAAAAAGAAUUUGCACGCGGUGGUUUUGGACGAAUUUACUAUGGAAGACAGGAAAAUAGUGAAGAAUACGGCAAGGCUGGUUCGCUUGCAAUCAAAAUUGAACCAUAUGCAAAUGGCCCACUUUUCACUGAAAUAAAAGUCUUUCAACGCAUUCUAACACCACAGAAGCUUGAGACUUGGAUGGACAAGAAAAAAGUCAGCCAUAUCGGCUUGCCUUCGUACGUGAGCAGCGGUUUAUUUACAUAUAAUGGCGAAAAAUUACGAUUUCUGAUUAUGCCACGUUAUGAGAAAUCCCUAGAAGCAUAUCGUGUUGCAAAUGGUGGUGUUUUGGACAUGCAUUUGGUAUUAACUGUUGCGAAGCAGUGCAUCGAUUGUUUAUCAUACAUGCAGGACCACGACUACGUACACGGUGAUCUAAAAGCAGACAACAUUCUGUUGGCAUCGGCAAACGAAUAUUCCAGAUGUUUUUUGGUCGAUUUUGGACUUGCAAGGUUUGCCAAAGGAAAUGUCGAUAAACCGGAUAAAAAAAGGGCUCAUAACGGAACUUUGCUGUUUACUUCACUGGAUGCUCACCGUGGCUGUGCUCCUUCAUUUCGAGGUGAUUUGGAAAUACUUGGAUACAAUAUACUUUAUUGGUUAUGUGGAACGUUGCCUUGGCAAAAAUGCGCACAGAAACCAGAAACAAUUAUGGUAGAAAAAGAAAAGUUCUCGAAGAAGCUUGACGAAAAUAUCAAAAUGCUUCUGCAAAAAGAAUACGUAUCUUUUCUAAGCAAGCUUUUUAAGCUGGCUUAUGAAACGCCUUAUGUAAGCAAAGUGGAUUACGGGAAUGUUCAACUGAUUUUAAAUCAAGUUAAGACUUUGCCGUCGUCAAGUAAAAGCUUGAAUUCAAGAAACACCGGAAAGAAAGAAAAUGCAAAAAUAUCAUUGACUGGUGAAAAAGGGAAGGCCGAAAACAUUUCACUGUCGACGUCUCGUAAGCGUGAUGGAAAUACAAAUGAUUUAGGUAGUAGCGUAUCGCCCAACAAACUACCCAUUCCAAAGAGACGUAAAAGUGACCGGAUCGCUAACCAACUAUCGAAAGAAAUGGAUGGUCCGAAAACUACCAGCGAGAAAUCUCCCGAAAUUGGUAGCAUUUGCAACGAGAAAAAAGGCAAGCGUCGGCCCGAGGUCAUAUCCCAUAAAAAUGACUUUAAAAAACUAAAACCGAAAUCUCGAAGUGGCUUGGAAUCUGUAGCUAAGCAAAAUGCACCUUCAUUGCCGGUGUUAUUUUCUAGCAAAAAAGCCGAGGAUUCUCCUGAUAAGAAAUUACGUAAUGUGAUUCCGGGUCUUCGCAAUAUGAAAAAUGUACGACGAUCUUUAAGAGAGAGACUUGUAAAAAAAUAUAUCAAUGUUGCUAAUCAGGCUAAGAACAAACAAUAA